UCUAAUUGUAACGGAGACGCCAUUUUGCAAGCGUCACUUGGCGGCGUGUCGGGUAUCCGCAUUUUGACCCGAAAUACCUUUGUUUAAAUCAUAAUAUUGUUUUGUUUCGUGUAAUAUGUCUUAUCAAUCAAGUGUAGCUCAAGACUCUUUAGCUGCGGCACAAUUAGAGAUGACCGGUAACCCCAACUCUUUGGCCUUGCGUCGGCCAUUCGACCCGGUGGCGCACGACUUAGAAGCUAGUUUUCGAUUGACACGAUUUGCGGACUUGAAAGGAAGAAGCUGCAAAGUUCCCCAAGAUGUUCUUGGUAAACUUGUGGAAUCGCUACAACAGGACUACUCCCAACAAGAGGAUCAAUUUAUGCAUGUGGCGAUCCCGCGCAUCGGUAUCGGCUUGGACUGUUCCGUAACGCCACUCAGACAUGGAGGACUUUGUUUGGUCCAAACUACCGACUUCUUCUACCCUCUGGUUGACGACCCCUAUAUGAUGGGUAAAAUCGCGUGUGCUAACGUACUAAGCGACCUGUACGCGAUGGGUGUUACAGAAUGUGACAAUAUGCUUAUGCUGCUCGGCGUGUCAACAAAGAUGACUGAGAAGGAGCGUGAUGUUGUGAUUCCUCUAAUUAUGCGUGGAUUCAAAGACUCUGCUCUAGAGGCUGGCACCUCUGUCACCGGUGGACAGACGGUCAUUAACCCGUGGUGUGCAAUUGGCGGGGUAGCCACUACAAUCUGCCAACCCAAUGAAUAUAUUGUUCCUGAUAAUGCUGUUAUGGGUGAUGUACUUGUGUUAACCAAACCCUUGGGUACCCAAGUAGCCGUAAAUGCUCAUCAGUGGCUUGAUCAACCUGAACGCUGGAAUCGUAUCAAGCUGGUUGUGUCUGAAGAAGAUGUCCGUAAGGCGUAUCACCGAGCAAUGGAUUCUAUGAGCAGGCUCAAUCGCAUUGCUGCUCGUUUAAUGCAUAAAUACAAUGCUCAUGGUUCCACAGAUGUUACUGGCUUUGGCCUUUUAGGUCAUGCACAGAACCUGGCUUCUCAUCAGAAGAAUGAGGUUUCAUUUGUUAUUCAUAACUUACCAGUGAUUGCCAAAAUGGCAGCAGUAGCCAAGGCAUGUGGCAAUAUGUUCCAACUGUUGCAAGGGCAUGCUCCAGAGACAUCAGGUGGACUGCUCAUCUGCUUGCCCCGUGAACAAGCUGCAGCAUAUUGCAAAGACAUUGAGAAGCAAGAAGGCUAUCAGGCAUGGAUUAUAGGAAUUGUUGAGAAAGGCAACCGCACUGCCCGCAUCAUUGAUAAGCCCCGAGUCAUUGAAGUGCCCGCUAAAGAUUAAACUAAGUUCAGUUCCAGACAGUUACAAAUUUUAUAUUUUCUAAGUAAUUAAUUCUUGAGAACUGGAUAAAUUUAAAAAUUUUAUUUUGAAUUUAUUAUGUAUAACUUGGAUCUUAAGUAUUUUAGUUUGAGAGUUUGGUUUCCUCUGUUUUCUUGUAAGAUAAGUUACUUAAGGUAUAUUGUUGUAAGAAAGCUUCUAGGAAACUCAAUCUAGUGACUAUUUUGGUGUUUAUAAAUCUAGAUAAGAUAUCAUAAAUGAAAAGAGAAUAAUUCCAUUAGGUACACAUAACCUAUUUGUUUGCAGCUUGUGGAAUGUUUCUGCAACUUGUGAGAUAAGUAUAAUGAUUAGAAUAAAGUUAUUUUUCAGUCAA